AUGGACGAUCAUGAUUCCCUUGUUUCUCGCAUGUCUGAUAUGGAACAUCAGAUGGCUAUGUAUGAGAAACUAUUUCAAACAUUUAGUGCCAAGUUGGACCAUCAUUUUAAAAAAUAUGACAUGAUUAUCAAUUCUCAACAACAGCAAAUCUCGGCGCUUAAUAGCGUCUUGCAAAUGGUUUUGAAUGAUCAACAUCGAUAUGCAGGUAUUAUCAAGGAUAAAUUGCUGGAUUCACUUGCAGGUGUCACUGCAGCGUCACCGUCGCCUUCUGUAUUGGCACAACAACAAAUUUCGAAAGAGGAAAGACAUCAGAAUCGCGACAGACCGUAUAUGUACAUGUGUGAAUCUGGCUUGAACCAGAAUCCUGGUGAGCCGUUGCAAUAUUCCAAAGGCGUACAAUCAAUGUUCGACAAUAUCAUUUCGCCGCAGUCGCUUACCACCACGCCGAAUCAUCCUAAUAAUCCAACUUUUAAAGCGUUUCCUGCGGAUAUCACCAAAGAGUUUGUACCAGAUUUAGCGGAUAACAGUGACGCUUUACCUGAAGCCAGAAAUAAGCAUCGUACGGCAAGAGAAAAUACAGAACCCGAUACGACGGAUUUUGUAGCGUCUCAAAUUUUGGGCAAACGCGUUUUUGAAUCGGACCCCGCAACCAAUGCACCUCCACGUGGAUCGUCUCCAUCGUUGAUGUCUGAAUCUGGCCCUGUUGACACGUCUACUCACGUCGUACCGUCUUCCGACAAAACAGAUAUCAAAGAAGAAUCCUACUACACCUCGGGAGGUCAGAAAAGAAAAAGGAAAAUAUUCGCAGGCGAGUUUCGGUUUCUAUGCUCUCCGCAGUCCGUAAUGGAAGUUUGGAAGGAAUAUUCAGAGGGUUUUGCUGGUCAACCUUCGCUAAAAGAAAUGGAAUUAAUGUAUCAAACCGCGUGGAGACGCGAUCCAGGGAUGAGCAAGAAAUUUUUCCGACGGAAAGCACUAUGCAGGGCCAUAGAACGCGGACUCGCCGCGGGUUACUCUUUAAAAGAAGUCAUAGAGAUGCUCGAAACUCAUCGGAAGACUCACUGCAGCAAUGGCCAAAAACAACCCAUAGGUUGGCUUUGCAGGCAUUCCAACAUCCCAGAAAUGUUCAAAUGA